GCGCCUCAUUUCCUCCAAACGCCGAGAACCAGCCCGCUACAAACUUAGCAGCGACAGAACGACGCCUGCGGCCUGGUCUGGGUUUAUUAACGGGGGUUUACCGUGUGAGACGCAGGACUGUCUUAUACCCGUGUUUAUAUGUCAGAACCGGACUCUGCUGGAUUAAUUGAGGCUGUUUGCUGUUUGUUUCCCCCUCUCUCAGACUCUGUGUGUCAGAGCGCCGCGCGGGUUCACAGCCAGCCAGCGCUGCUACAUUAGCCCAGCUAACUAACACAACAACAGCGGGAGAGCGGAUUUACCCUGCGGCUGUUUAUUUACUGAGGUUUGUUUUAGUGGGGCGUCAUUAUUAACCAGGUUAACUAGUGUAGCUGAGUGAGAGUGAGCCCGUCGUGCGCGGCAGGUGAACACAGUAACGCUGGAUUAGUGAGUCCUGUGGAGGAAGCUAAACUAGGCUAGGCUAGGCUAGGCUAACAGACUGGGUGCUAGCUGAGCUGUUGGGGGGGUUGAAGCUAAGCCGCUCGCGCGCGUCCAUUCAUCAACCACGGACUCAAAAUGUCGGAUUUUGACGAGUUUGAGAGACAGCUGACUGAAAACAAGCAAGGUGACAGUUUUAACGGCCAUGAGCGGGACAAAGAGAACAGGCACAGGCGGCGGAGCAGCUCGCGUAGCCGCAGCCGGGAGAGGAAGAGGAGAAGCAGGGAGAGGAGAAGCCGUGAACGGCGCAGCAGCAGCAAGGACCGCAGGCAUAGACCUGGUGAAUCUGCACACAGGGAGAAGAAGAAGAAAGUAAAAAAGUACUGGGAUGUCCCUCCUCCAGGAUUUGAACACAUCACACCCAUGCAGUACAAGGCCAUGCAGGGUUCUCCCUGUGUGUCUCUGUCAGCUGCUGGUCAGAUUCCUGCCACAGCCCUGUUGCCCACUAUGACUCCAGAGGGGUUGGCUGUUACACCUACCCCAGUACCUGUAGUAGGCAGCCAGAUGACUCGACAAGCGAGAAGACUCUAUGUGGGAAACAUCCCAUUUGGCAUCACAGAGGAAUCCAUGAUGGACUUUUUCAAUGCUCAGAUGAGACUUGGAGGUCUUACUCAGGCUCCAGGAAACCCCGUCCUUGCUGUCCAGAUUAAUCAGGACAAGAACUUUGCCUUCCUUGAGUUCCGCUCAGUGGAUGAAACCACACAGGCCAUGGCAUUUGAUGGCAUCAUAUUCCAAGGGCAGAGUCUAAAGAUCCGCCGGCCACACGAUUACCAGCCUUUACCGGGCAUGAGUGAGAACCCCAGUGUCUAUGUGCCAGGAGUGGUGUCCACUGUGGUUCCUGACUCUGUUCACAAGCUUUUCAUUGGAGGCCUUCCCAACUAUCUCAAUGAUGAUCAGGUAAAAGAACUGUUAACUUCUUUUGGCCCCUUAAAAGCAUUCAACCUUGUGAAAGACAGUGCUACAGGCCUCUCUAAAGGCUAUGCCUUCUGCGAAUAUGUUGAUGUCAACCUCAACGAUCAGGCAAUUGCGGGACUGAAUGGGAUGCAGUUAGGCGAUAAGAAGCUCUUGGUUCAGAGAGCAAGUGUUGGAGCCAAGAAUGCCACUAUGACGAGUAUAAACGAGACUCCAGUUACACUACAGGUGCCAGGCCUCAUGAACACCUCCAUGAACCAAAUGGGUGGAAUCCCCACUGAGGUGUUGUGUCUGAUGAACAUGGUGGCCCCAGAAGAGCUGCUGGAUGAUGAUGAGUAUGAGGAGAUUGUGGAAGAUGUCCGGGAUGAGUGCUCCAAAUAUGGCCAGGUCAAGAGCAUAGAAAUCCCCCGACCUGUUGAUGGCCUGGAUAUCCCUGGAACUGGCAAGAUAUUUGUGGAGUUCACAACCUUGUAUGACUCCCAGAAAGCCAUGCAAGGCUUGACUGGGAGAAAGUUUGCCAACAGAGUGGUGGUGACCAAGUACUGCGACCCUGAUGCCUACCACCGCAGAGACUUCGGCUAAUCACAAAAGAGUGGAAUGCAGAAGAGGAAGAGUGAGUGGUGCACGAUGAUGAUUUGAGUGAAGAUGGAAGUGAAUGGAGGGAUGGCAAAAGAGGGGACUUUUUGUAUUUUUUUUCUUUUGUGGAAGAUAGCAUUUGCUUUUUAAAAAGAGGGCGAUAAAAACAGAACAUUGCAAACAGCUGUGAUGUAAUUUUGUUUGUAUUUUAAGAAAGCGGUGAGCAUUCAUUCAGUUCAGUUUUUAUUUUAAUUACUAGUUUAUUAAAAGAUGAAAGGUAAUGAUUUUUCUCCCACAAACAGUGGUGACAAUGGCAAAGAGUAAGGGGAAGUACUAAAGUCUCAUGUCUUUCACUUCACACACCCACCAAAGAGAGAAAAAGGAAGCUGGUUAGGCCUGUAAUCCGUUUUCAUUUACUUUUUUCUAUGUUCGAGAGCUGACUACAGAUUUUCUGCUUCUCUCUGUUUUUCUCUCCAGAUUUGGUUUUGUUUAAGUCAAGGGUUAGUUUAUGCCCAGCUAUGUCCGUCUGUUUCCAGUGCACAUCACGCCUUGUACAACAUCAGUGUAACAUCAAGUGUAGUGUGGCACCUUUGUGUGUCUCUGUAUGUGUGAAUUUGAAUAUAAUAGCCCUCGUUUGAUAAUAAAACUAUUGAAUUUCUUCA